GUUUCGAGCACAUCAUCUAUAUCGACGACCUAACUCCCUAUUGCAGGUGCCCUUCAAGAUAGAGCAACAACCAGAGACGCGAAGAAAUCCCGCUUUAUCGAACAGGACUGAGGCAGCUGGAAGAGGGAAAGUUUAGUCUCAGAGAGAGAGAGAGAGGAUGGGGUGGGUGGAGCUGUUGCUGCUGCUUCUGACAUUGAGUUCAAUGGGUUCAACAAAUGUAGAAAGCGCAUCGACAAAGGAAAAUUUCACUUUACCUUCCAAUUGCACAAAAAGAUGUGGCAAUAUCAAUUUUGAGUACCCUUUCGGGAUAGACAAAGGUUGUUAUCGUCGGGGCUUUAAUCUUACUUGCAAGAAAAAUACCGACCAACCUCCAAGGCUCUUCUUGGGUGAUGGAAAACUCGAGGUCACUAGAAUCGAUUUGGAUAUUGGGACUGUGCGCGUCAAGACACCCAUUGUCACCAUGGAUUUGGAUGAGAAGUUCAUUAAUGUUCCGUUAAUUGACCUUCAGGGUUGGCCUUACUCUUUCACAUCAUCAGAACAGAAAAUACGUAACACCUAUUCUGAUUUUACAGAUAAUACAUUGCUAGUGUCUGGUUGCAACGCCAUAGCCUCUCUACUGGAUCCCGUUACUAAUGAUACUUUUGAUACUUGCGCAACUAUAUGCACUCCCAAUGGCAACAGGUAUUGCACAAUUGAUCUCUAUAAUUGGAACAGGACUUCUUUGGGGAUUCAAUUAACUCGACUCAACCAGACUGAGUUUCAUUUUGUCAAUAGCUCCAGCAUCAAAAUAUUCCUUUAUGAUGCAAGCAAUAUUACUGAUGAUGAUCUCACAGAAAUAAGGAAGGGAAAAAGCAAAAAAGCGGAGGUCGCCCUAUCUUGGUACAUCAAAGACCAUCCUACCUGUGAAGAGGCUAAGAAUAUGACAAACUACGCUUGCAUCAAUCCCAAUAGUGACUGCUACGACGUCCUUAAUAAUGCCUACACGAAUUAUAAUUUUGGGUACUUUUGUCGAUGUUCUCUUAAUUAUCAAGGCAAUCCAUACCUACCCGAUGGCUGUCAAGAAAUAUCUCCUACUUUUGCUCCGGACAAAGGCUGUCAAACAAAAUGUGGGGGUAUUAGCGUCUCUUUUCCAUUCGGGCUAAAAGAGCGUUGUUACAGAAGCCAGGCAUUUGCUCUUACAUGCAACGAGACAUCCAAACCUCCCACUCUCUUCUUCCACCGCUAUUACAUAGUGCACAAUAUCUCGUUGGAGGAAGGACAACUGGUAGCCAGCGCACUGAACACAACACCAACCAUUAUUUCUUUCGAUUCUUACAUUUAUUACGACAGCUACUUUUUUUCAUAUGAAACUGGACCUUUCGCUCGACUUGAACAGCAGUCCAUCUUUAGUUGGGUAAUUAAGAUUCAGCAUUGCGAGGAGGCCAGACAGAACAAGGACACAUUCGCAUGUGUCGACAAAAACAGUGUAUGUGAGGACAUUACCAAAACUUCUAACGAAGAUAGUUGGGGAUAUCGUUGCAAUUGCGCUAAAGGUUAUCAAGGAAAUCCAUACAUUGCCGAUGGAUGUAAAGAAAUAUCUCCUACUUUUGCUCCGGACAAAGGCUGUCAAACAAAAUGUGGGGGUAUUAGCGUCUCUUUUCCAUUCGGGCUAAAAGAGCGUUGUUACAGAAGCCAGGCAUUUGCUCUUACAUGCAACGAGACAUCCAAACCUCCCACUCUCUUCUUCCACCGCUAUUACAUAGUGCACAAUAUCUCGUUGGAGGAAGGACAACUGGUAGCCAGCGCACUGAACACAACACCAACCAUUAUUUCUUUCGGUUCUAACAUUUAUUACUACAGCUACUUUUUUUCAUAUGAAACUGGACCUUUCGCUCGACUUGAACAGCAGUCCAUCUUUAGUUGGGUAAUUGAGAUUCAGCAUUGCGAGGAGGCCAGACAGAACAAGGACACAUUCGCAUGUGUCGACAAAAACAGUGUAUGUGAGGACAUUACCAAAACUUCUAACGAAGAUAGUUGGGGAUAUCGUUGCAAUUGCGCUAAAGGUUAUCAAGGAAAUCCAUACAUUGCCGAUGGAUGUAAAGAUAUUGACGAGUGCAGCGGUCCCAACAAUUACGAUUGCAAUGGGACAUGCAUAAAUACGAUAGGUGGCUAUGAAUGCCUUCCUCCUGACAAAAAACAGACAGUUUUGUUAGGUGUCAUAAUCGGUGUAAGUCUUGGCAGUGGCUUAUUGCUCUUAAGCAUAAGUUUUAUCAUCCUAAGAAGGAAAUGGAAGAUAAGAAAGCAAAAGAAACUAAGAGAGAGACACUUCCACCAAAAUCACGGACUACUAUUACAACAGCUAAUCUCUUCUAAUGAUGACGUUGCUGAGAGGACAAAGAUAUUUUCUCUAGAAGAGAUAGAAAAGGCAACUAAUAAUUUUGAUGAAAGUCGAAUACUCGGCCACGGAGGACAUGGUACAGUUUAUAAAGGAAUUUUGUCAGAUCAACGUGUAGUCGCCGUAAAGAAGUCCAAAAUAGUAAAGAAGAGUGAGAUAGAUCAAUUCAUCAAUGAGGUUGUAAUUCUUUCUCAAAUUAAUCAUAGAAACAUCGUAAGACUUUUUGGAUGCUGUUUAGAAACAGAAGUUCCCUUAUUAGUCUAUGAAUUCAUCUCCAACGGAACCCUUGCAGACCAUCUCCAUGUUUCAUAUGGUAAUUCUGCAUUAUCAUGGGAAGCUCGUCUGAGGAUCGCUAUAGAAAUUGCCGGAGCACUUGCCUAUCUACACUCAGCUGCUUCAAUAUCAAUUUUACAUAGAGAUGUUAAGUCAUCAAAUAUUCUUUUGGAUGAUCAUUUCAUGGCAAAAGUAUCGGAUUUUGGAACCUCAAGAUUUAUCCCGCUUGAUGAAACUCAUAUAAUUACUGCUAUCCAAGGCACCUUUGGAUACUUAGAUCCAGAAUAUUACCAGACUAGUCAAUUGACGGAGAAAAGUGAUGUUUAUAGCUUUGGGGUCAUUCUUCUGGAGCUUUUGACCGGAAAGAAACCUGUUUUCUCCAUUGAACAUGAGAACACGCAAAACCUAUCGAUGUAUUUUCUUCAAGCAAUGAGAGAGAAGCAUUCUUUUGAUCUCGUAGAAGAUCGUGUCAUGAAAGAAGGAACUCAACGAGAGCUUUUGGAAAUUAUUCAAUUGAUAGAAACUUGUUUGAAGUUGAAGGGGAUUGAAAGACCUACUAUGAAAGAAGUGGAACAUAAAUUACAAAGCUUAAAAAGGAUUAAAAAGAAGGAAGGAUAUCCCAUUCGAGAAGGUAUGGAAGAAACCGAGUAUCUGUUAAGUGAUUCAUCUUAUACUUUUUCUGAUUCAGUUGACCAAACAACUGAGGGGAUGUCUAGGAAUUAUAGCUUAGAAAAAGAAUUCUUGUGGUCAUUAUAUAAUCUACGGUGAGCUCGUAUUCCACUUAAUUAUUCAUAUUUGUAUUUCUAUUUCGUAUGAUAUUACAUGUUAUGUGUAUAAUAUUGAG